CGCUGGUUUCUGUGGAUGCGGCUCCUCCGGGGAGGAGGAAGCGGGGCGGCAGCUGUUGUCGCGUUUCCUGGGCGAGCGGCGGGAGGGACUCCGUAUGAGGAACUUGGCGCCGGAGCCUGGGAGCCGGGCGAGGGGCUUGGGAGAGACCAAGGGGAAGCGCUUCCCUCAGCUCAGGCAAAAGAAGCCGGACAUUAAUGGGGGGGGGGGUCGGGGGGCUCAGUGCGCGCGCUCCAGUUUGGGCCGGUACCAGGAACAGCAGAAGAGGCUACAGAAAGAACUGUUGGCUUUACAGAAUGACCCACCACCAGGAAUGACUUUGAAUGAAAAGAGUGUCCAAAAUUCAAUUACACAAUGGAUUGUAGACAUGGAAGGUGCUCCUGGAACAUUAUAUGAAGGGGAGAAAUUUCAGCUGCUAUUUAAAUUCAGUAGUCGGUAUCCAUUUGACUCUCCUCAGGUCAUGUUUACUGGUGAAAAUAUUCCCAUUCAUCCUCAUGUUUAUAGCAAUGGUCAUAUCUGUUUAUCUAUUCUAACAGAAGACUGGUCUCCAGCUCUUUCAGUGCAAUCAGUUUGUCUUAGCAUUAUUAGCAUGCUUUCCAGCUGCAAAGAAAAGAGACGACCACCUGAUAAUUCAUUUUAUGUAAGAACAUGUAACAAGAAUCCAAAGAAAACAAAAUGGUGGUAUCAUGAUGACACUUGUUGAUGCCACCAUUUUGUGAUACUCCUAACAGAAGAUAGUCCUACUGAGAAAAUGAGCACUUUGAUCAUUCAGUCUUUGAACUUUUAACCUCUGACUGGAAGUGACAAAUAGGCAAUGAAGACUACUUCCCUUGACUGCAUUUUUACUGGUGUGCAUUCUGGGCGCAUGUUGAUCGCUGGUUCAGUCCAUGCUACUGACGUGCUUUUCUUAGUCAUAAAGUAUUAAUGCAGGUGUUAGAAAAUGUCAGAAUUCAAUCUUUAAAAUUUUUGGGAGAAUUCCAGGUCUUCAUGUAUUGUGCAAUAAUAAGAAUUUCUUGACGGUUUUUGGUGUACCCAUUGCCGGCAAAAGAUUGUAUCAGGAAACCUAUACCCCUGCCACAAGAAAAGUUAGAUGCAUGAUAGGGCCUACAAAAUGUUUGUAAGUAUAUUGGGAUUAUAAAGUAACUUAUCUUUACUUUGAAAGCCACCUAAUUGUUUAGAUUUGGAUUCUGUGCACUGUGAUCAUAAAACUAGCAGCGUGAGUUGAAACAUUCUUAGCUAAAGAACUAGUAAGAUCAUUGCAUAUUUACUGAACUCUCAAUGUUUUCACAAUGAAUUUUCCCCCCAAGUUAUAUCAGCAGAGAGGUACGUACUUUGUUAAAAUGGAUACCUUUUGUGUGUGUAUUAUAUUUCUGAAACAAAGGUAUGGAUAAAAUAGAGUAGGGGUGAUUUAAUCAAGGCAAACUUUGUUCUGAAAAUGGGAACAGACGGCAGUGACAAAACUGAAUUGCUGCAGUCCAUGAUUGGGCUUGUUAAUAUGUACACUAGAGCUGUUUUCCAAGUAGAUUGCACACUGUUAUUUCAUACUAGCCUUCAGCAUGAGCCCUGUUGCCUACACAAUAUUUCAUGUAUUUAUAUGUUUGAAUUUUUUUGUUUGAGUUCACUGUUUCUUUUGUUGUGUUGUAUGUCAUAUUUGAAUGUUACAAAACAAUAUUUUCACUGAAAAGCUGUCAGAAGAUAUUUUCUUGUAAAUUAUUUCUUUACCUUGUAAACAUUUAUCUUGUCUUCUAAUCCUGUACUAUAAAGGAAGAAAUACAUUUUGGACAGAGACGAAAUGUUUUGACAAAAAAAGUGUGGAUCUUUUUCUUUAAGUUUAGACAAAAGUAUAUUUUUCUUACCUUGUCCCAUACAGCCAUAGCAAUUUUUCCAGGUUUUCUCCUUCAAAGAUCUGCCUACAACUAGAUUUACCUUUUAUAUAGAAAAACAAUUGUUAAACAAUAGUAAAUUGUUCUUCACCUCUGUGUAAUUUUAUGAUACUGCAUCUAGGCUGUCUUUUUAGGAAGCACUGAUGUGUCUUUUAUAAACUUACUACCUUUACACAUAUGCAAACUUUCUAUUUCAAAGCUCUUUUUAAUGUUGCCUUAUUGCACUAAAAAGAAAAUCAAACCUAGUAGUCAAUAAAUGAAUGUCUGAAUU